GCGGGCGGACUCUGGGCGCCUGGUGCCGGCGGCCGCAGCGACAGCGCCCCCCGGGAAGCGCAGGAGGAAGCAGGGACGAGCGGAGGUGCCGCAGGCUGAGUCGCGGCCGGGAUGUCCGGGCAGCCGCCGCCGCCACCGCCGCAACAGCAGCCGCCGCCGCCGCCGCCGCCCGCCGCCGGGGCCCCGGGCUCCGGAGUCGCCCUGCCCGCGGCCGCCAGCGCCGGCUCCUCUCCGGCCGGCUCGCCCGGUGGAGGCUUGGGGGCCGCGGCGGCCGCCCUGCUGCUCCACCCGCCGCCGCCUCCGCCGCCGCCCCCGGCCACCGCCGCGCCGCCGCCCCCCGCCUCGGCGGCCGCCCCCGCCAGCGCGCCGCCCGGCCUGGCCGCGGGCCCCGGCUCGGCCGCAGGCGUCCCGGCCCCGGGCCUGGCGGCGGGCAGCAGCAGCAGCUCCGCGGCCCCCUUCCCGCACGGCGACUCGGCCCUCAACGAGCAGGAGAAGGAACUGCAGCGGCGGCUGAAGCGCCUCUACCCGGCCGUGGACGAGCAGGAGACGCCGCUGCCCCGGUCCUGGAGCCCGAAGGACAAGUUCAGCUACAUCGGCCUCUCGCAGAACAACCUGCGGGUGCACUACAAAGGUCAUGGGAAAACCCCCAAAGACGCAGCAUCUGUCCGAGCCACGCAUCCCAUACCAGCAGCCUGCGGGAUUUAUUAUUUUGAAGUAAAAAUUGUCAGUAAGGGAAGAGAUGGCUACAUGGGAAUUGGUCUUUCUGCUCAAGGUGUGAACAUGAAUAGACUACCAGGUUGGGAUAAACAUUCAUAUGGUUACCAUGGGGAUGAUGGACAUUCGUUUUGUUCUUCUGGAACUGGACAACCGUAUGGACCAACUUUUACAACUGGUGAUGUCAUUGGCUGUUGUGUUAAUCUUAUCAACAAUACCUGCUUUUACACGAAGAAUGGACAUAGUUUAGGUAUUGCUUUCACCGACUUACCGCCAAAUUUGUAUCCUACUGUGGGGCUUCAGACACCAGGAGAAGUGGUUGAUGCCAAUUUUGGGCAACAUCCUUUUGUAUUUGAUAUAGAAGACUACAUGCGAGAAUGGAGAACCAAAAUACAGGCCCAGAUAGACCGGUUUCCUAUUGGGGAUCGAGAAGGAGAAUGGCAGACCAUGAUACAAAAAAUGGUUUCAUCUUAUUUAGUCCACCAUGGGUACUGUGCCACAGCAGAGGCCUUUGCCAGAUCUACAGACCAGACUGUUCUAGAAGAAUUAGCUUCCAUUAAGAAUAGACAAAGAAUUCAGAAGUUGGUGUUAGCAGGACGAAUGGGAGAAGCCAUUGAAACAACACAACAGUUAUACCCAAGUUUACUUGAAAGAAAUCCCAAUCUCCUUUUCACAUUGAAAGUACGUCAAUUUAUAGAAAUGGUGAAUGGUACAGAUAGUGAAGUGCGGUGUUUGGGAGGCCGAAGUCCAAAAUCUCAAGACAGUUACCCCGUCAGUCCUCGGCCUUUUAGUAGUCCAAGCAUGAGUCCCAGCCACGGAAUGAGUAUCCACAGUUUAGCACCAGGCAAAAGCAGUACUGCACAUUUUUCUGGUUUUGAAAGUUGUAGCAAUGGUGUAAUAUCAAAUAAAGCACAUCAAUCAUAUUGCCAUAGUAAACAUCAGUUAUCCAGUUUGAAUGUACCAGAGCUAAACAGUAUCAAUGUGUCAAGGUCACAGCAAGUUAAUAACUUCACCAGUAAUGACGUAGACAUGGAAACAGAUCACUACUCCAAUGGAGUUGGAGAAACUUCAUCCAAUGGUUUCCUAAAUGGUAGCUCUAAACAUGACCACGAAAUGGAAGAUUGUGACACCGAAAUGGAAGUUGACUCCAGUCAAUUAAGACGCCAGCUAUGUGGAGGAAGUCAGGCUGCCAUAGAAAGAAUGAUCCACUUUGGCCGAGAGCUACAAGCCAUGAGUGAGCAGCUGAGGAGAGAAUGUGGCAAGAACACAGCCAAUAAAAAAAUGCUGAAGGACGCAUUCAGUUUACUAGCAUAUUCAGAUCCUUGGAACAGUCCAGUUGGAAAUCAACUUGAUCCAAUUCAGAGAGAACCUGUGUGCUCAGCUCUUAACAGUGCAAUAUUAGAAACCCACAAUCUGCCAAAGCAACCUCCACUUGCCCUAGCAAUGGGACAGGCCACACAAUGUCUAGGACUGAUGGCUCGAUCAGGAAUUGGAUCCUGUGCAUUUGCCACAGUGGAAGACUACCUACAUUAGCUAUGCACUUCAGGAGCUCACAC